CAAAAAAAAAUCAAAAUUUCAAUCAUUGAAAAAGCGCUCAUAAGACACCCACCUUACAUCCUAAAAACAAUCUGCUAUACCUGCCUAAAUAAUUCAAUAUAUAACAAUAACAAAUCCGUGAAAUUUUUAUUUUAUCAAAUUGAUGUUUGCAUAAUGAAAAAAAAAUUUCUCGAUACGAUUUUCAAACAUAUAAAAAGAAUCAAAAACACUGCUGAUUGCGUGGCAGGGUUUGUCAUUUUCUACAUUUCCAUCAUCCCUAAUUUUCAUUUUCUACAUUCGCACAUCCAGAUGCUUUCUCUUCUCUCUGCAUCCAGCAUCCACAUCAGAUGUGUUUCAGUCCUCAAACUGUUCGGAUCGUGUUUCGUUUUUCUCGUCGAUAAGAAAAAAAAAACUUUUUUUCCAUGAAAUGAAAAUUUAUGGAAAAUUCGAGGAGUGCAAAAUAAUUUAAUCAACAUUAAUUAUUUCUUAAUUAAAUUUUUUUCUUCUUCCUAUUCCCCCUUGUCCUUUAUGUAUGGACAACAGUGAACAAGCAUUAAGAAAAAAAGUGAAACUUGCCAUAAGUGAAACAAAAAGAUUCAGCAGAGAAUUGAAGCUUUUGUGUGCCAAAAAAAUAAAUAGAAACUUGAAAAUUAAAAGCAAAUAAUUCAGAACAAAGACAUUGAAAAGUAGUGAAAGUAUUACUCAUUAAGAUAAUACGAGACACAAAGUGCUUCAAUCUUAAUUCAAAAACAACGUGAGAAGUGCCAAAGAAAGUAAAAAAAAAGUUUUAAGUCAACUCUCGUGUGAACAAGCAAAAAAAGGAACGGAAUUCAUUUUUUUUUGUGUGUGAUGUAAAGAAGAAAUGGAAAUGAGAAAAGUUUAAUGUAGUUAUUAAGAAGUUUUUCUCCAUACUUCUUCGGUGUACUUAGAAGACACAUUUCCAUUCGCAAUUUUGGAUUAUAAGCAGCUCAUUGAGAGACUUAAUUACAAUUUUAUGGCAUGCAUUUUCCAUCGACUUUAUUCAUCAAUGAAUAGUAAAUCGAACAGAAGCGCAAGUAAUGAUUAUGAUGAUCAUCCACCAUUCAAGUCACAUUUUAGAAUGAACAAAUAGACAUCGAUAAGGCAAAAAGGAAUUAAAAAAGUGAAAGUCAUUUAGAAUGAUAACAGAUGACAAAAAAGCCAAGAGCUCCUUGAUUGUACUAAUAAAUAGUAAUAAGUAUAAGGAAUAAGAAAAUUCUCUCUUAUCAUCAUCCGUCGUCUUUUAAAUUUGAAUAAGAGGAAGUAACGAAGAAGCCAUGAGGACGUUAAUAUCAUCAUUGCUACUAAUAGCGCACUUUACAUUCACACUGUCAGCGCCAACACCGACAGUGAUGAACGAGAGUGCUCGAGCAACGACAAGAGAUAUAAUGAAUGAUAUGAUAACAAGCACUGUAUCUGCUGUUGAAUCAAUUAUGGAUAUGAAAUCAACACAGCUGCCCUCAACACUCGAAAAAUCACCGACAACAAUAGAUGAUGAUCUAGUUACAACAAAGCCUGCGUCCAUUCAAAAAAUAACACCAACAGCAGAUGAAAGUACACGACUGCCGGAAAUGACAUCAAGUACACAAACGUUUAAGGAUAAUGAAACAAUAAAAAUUCAUGAAAGUUAUGAAUCAGGGGCAACUCGUGUGCAAUCAUCCGUUAUGGAUCAAGACUUUUCGACCAUGACAGCAACAACUGUCGAAUUGCCGGCUACAAGUGAAAUGAAUAAUAAAAAUAAAUCAAUUAAUUUUGAUUCGUCAACUGCCAUGGCAAUUCCAAUCACGUCAAAUGUCGAUAAGGACAGUGUGCAGUCAAUAAUUGAAAUGCCAAUUAGUGCAGAUCUAAAAAGUGACAAAGGAAAGCUUCAGAAGGCAAAAUUAAAGGAUACAAAAAAGAAAAUUUUAAAUGAAGCAAAAACAGUUGGUAAAUCAUGGAUGCACAAGCAGGAGCAGCAAAAAAUUAAACAGCAAAAACCCUUAAUGGAUAUAAAUUAUUCAACUAGCGCAACUCCUUCCAUGUACGAAACAGAUGGAAGUGAAACAUCGACCGCAAUUUCAACUUCAAUUAAAACGGUACCGACUACAAUCAAGUCCACAACUCUCACAAGUACAAUGGAGAUGGUAACAGAAAUAACAACAAAUAUUCCAGUUCCUGUUACAUUAAAUGCAAAUGAAAUGAAAACAUCUGUAACCGCAGAUGUACAUGUGAAUAAUAAUAAUAAUAAAGAUAAUGUAAUUGUACUGAACAGCAACAGUAGUGGUCUUAUUGUCGUUGAUGUAAUGGAAAAUUUCGGCAAAGAAAAUUCAACAAAUUCAUUUGAAAUCAAAAUGGAUCUCAUUGACGAUGGCAGCGAAACGACGACCGUCUCAAAUGACAAUAAAGAUGAAAUUUUUACAGUCUCAACAUCAUCAACGACAUCAAUAUCGUCUCAAGUCGAGAAGAAUGAGAAAAUGUCGAUGACAACAUCAAAUGAUGACAUAAUAUUAGUCAAUGAAGGCACAAACAGUGAGACAGUGACUACUUCUUCUGCCAUAUCGCAUGGCAUUACGUGGAAUGAAGUGAAACAUAAUGAAGGCAAUGGUGAUAUUAAAAUAACAUUUGACAAUAUCGAUUUGCCGCAUCAAAAUGUAAAUGUGUCAAUUGAAAACGGCGAACUAAUUAUAGACAGUAUCGAUAUCAGUGUUUUGAAUCGUGCUGAGGAGGAAUUACGUAAGAAAAUGGCAAAUAUGACAGAAAAAUUGUCAUCCACAAAUGCUGUCGGUAACAAGACAAGCUCAUUAGAGAUCGUUUUAAUUGAAGACUCUGGACAGGAGGAAGUGACAACAAAAGGCAAUAUUGAGGAAAAUAAUAACAAUAAUUCAGCCACAACUCAAUCUGAUAACAGCAUGAAUGAUGAAGCUGCUACUGCUGCGAGAAAAACUAUAUCCGAUGACGAUGAAUCUCGACCAGCAACAAUUCAUUUUGAAUUGCCCAGCGUGAAGCACAAAAACAUUGAAAUGAGUAACGGAGGAAGUGGAGAUGACAUAAAGAUAAAGACGACUGACAAAGACUCUGAUACAAUUUUCUAUAUUUCCAAUACAGAAGUGAAAUUGAUUGAAUCAAUUCCGACAUUAUCGCCGAAUGAGACCCAAGAAAGAAGGAAGUAUCCAGCAAUUUAUGAAGAGGAUGUAAUCGUUGAUGUUCCAUCGACCACUGUCAUUGUUAAAAAUCGCUCGUUAAAUGAAUAUCCAAUUCGACCACCAGCUAUCGAUAAAUAUGAGGAAGACAUUGUUCUCUCGCCAUUAACUAGUGAUUUCGAUCCAAAAGACAUAAAUUACAUUGGCGAGGCAUUUUUGGAUGUCGAGGAAUCCUCAAAUAAUGGCGCAUUAUCGGAAAAUCAUCAUAUUAUUCCACUAACAUCUGAUGUUGUCGUACAACCCGUUGAACUAAAGGAUAUGCCAUCGAUUAAUAUUCCAAUUAUUGGUGAACCACCGCAAAUUGAACUGGAGGACUUGAUGUUCUCCGAAGACUAUGAAAAUGGCAAUAACAAUCGACCUCAACCAGGUUAUCAUGUUGAAUACUCACCAUUUGCUGUCAACGGGCGUCUCGUGAAAAAUGAACUGCAUGUUGAUGAGCAGCGUGAACUUGAAACAACUAAUGGUACGUUGUUAUUAUCGCCAUUGAAUAGGACACAUAGUAUUAGUGUCAACACGGUGAUUAAUGGCACAAACAUGACAACAGUCGCUAGCCCAUACUCGAAUGUCACAGCUGCCAUUACACUUGAUAGCGAGGACAUUGACGGUACAGAUUUCUAUGAUAUUCAGACAUUGCUCCUGGCAUGUUUAGCUACCUUGGCGCCGCUUUUCCUCUGUGUCAUAAUUGUGCUGAUGAUACGCUAUUGUUGGCAGAAAUAUCGACGACAUGAUAGUGGAAAUGAUUUGAUUAGUGACAAAAGCACAGAUCCAUUGGCAGAGAAGCAUAUUGGAGGAUCUAUUGAUGAGAUGAAAUCAACGGAAUCGGCAAUGACAUUAAAUCGUGGAAAUGGAAAUCUUCAGACAAGCACUGAAUUGCUUUUAGCUAAUGCUAAUGGUGAUGUAACGCCCAACAACACAAACAAUCACAAUGAUACAAACGGUUCCAUUAUCAAAAUGACAAUGAAAAAUAAUCACUUAAUAGUCGAAACGGAAGAAAGGAAUGAUAUUUCGCGCGACACACGCGAAACAAAAAUGCAUUAUUCACCAUCAGAGAAAGACGGAGUUUUUAUAGUCGAAUCAGCACGAGGUGCUGAUCAAAAUGGAAGUCAUAAGCCAUCUCCAUUGCUACAAAAAUCUACACAAGCUCCCCUCGAGAUACCCGAGGAGAUAAAAAUUGACACACUUCAGAGCCACUUUACGCCCAGUUCACCAGAAGAGGAGCGUAAACAUCCAAAGCCUGAACAAGUUGAAGUUCAUACACCGCCCGCUGAUGUCAAGGGCCAAAACAAUGAUGGUGCUGUAAUUUGUAAUGGAACAAAGACGGGCUUAUCACAGUCAGACUUGAGUCUUACAUCAUCAAAUAGCUCCAAUCAAAACUAUACGUACGGUGAUAGAGAAUCAUAUAAUUUUGAUGAGAAAGGCUAUCGUGGAUCAUCACCGAAGCGCAUUAUUAAUGUUCAUUGUCAUGAUCUUAAGCCAUUAAUUGAAAAUAGUCCACCAGCGCCAAUUGAUGAUCUUAAUAAACCCGUCAUAACAUCAGCCAUAUACAAGAAUGAUUCUCAAGAGGAUAAUGAACCACUCAAGUCUGAUAUGUAUGCACGGAAUGGUAAUGAAAGCAAUGAUACGAUAAAAGCUGAUAAUGCCGAUAAGGCAAAAGUCCAUAAUAAAAUGAAUGGAAUUAUAUCGAGCAUAAAGAACGGAUUGGAUGAGAUUAUAUCAGUGCCAGAUGAAAAUUGUAAUGAUACAAUUAUUCCGCCACCAUCAUGCUUGAAAGGUGAAUGUAAUGGUGAAUUAACGAUGGAUAGUUUAUCAUUUUUACCCGCACCACCACCAGAAGUUGAUGCAGAACAAAAUGCUAGUGAACUUAUGUCAAUGGACUCAUUCCCACCGCCACCACCGCUCGAGAGUGACUCACAAUUAGCACAAAGUUAAUAAAAUCAAUGUCGUGAGAUCUCUCUUAAAGCUUUUUAAUCGUCGUUUUUUUACAACAUUACAAUAUUACCAUUAGAUGAAAAAAUAAACUUUUUUAAGAUAAAAACAAGCUGAGAUGAAGCAGCAGUAGAAUCGAGGGGAAAGAAGAACAAUAGAUGAUAAGUAAGUUAGUGAUGCUGAAAAUCGAAUGAACAAAUCUUUUUUGUUCGCAUAAAAGAAAUGAAAGAAUACAAAAAAUAAGGAUUGACAGGAAAAACAGUAGAGAUUGUAUAGCAUUCGCCACCUACAUGUGAAUGUGUAUUUAUUUAUUUUUUUUAUUAUUGUGAAUGAAAAAGUCAUUUCCAUUUAUUUAUUUAUCGAUUAAAAUGAGAACGGAAGUUUAAAAAAAAGGAUUUAAAUCAAUGUAGUGUGAUUAACGAUUGAGUAAAAGGGGGAGGGAAAAAUUGAUGGAUUUUCACUGGACGUGAUAGUGGAUUGUAUUGUUUAAAAUGUCAAGUAUCACAAUGGAUAUAAAAAAAUUGAUUGCGUAUGAUUUUUUUUCUCUCGGAUGAUUUUUAUCGGAUUUUGAGGGUUCUAAAUGAGGUUGAUCUGUAUUGUGUGCUCUGAAGGGUGCAAUUUUAUUAUAGUUUGAAGCUAGUGCUUAAUGGAAUGGAUCGAUAAAAGCUAAUUACAUUCUUAAAGAUUGCAUUAAGAAGUUUUGCAUGAAAAUUCAUAAUUUAUUCAUCAUUAGAAACAAGACACUUAAUAAGCAAGUUCAAUUCAAAAUUGAUUUCAAGUCCAAAAUUGUGCAGUCACAGUUUUAAGCUACAAACAAUUUAACAUCAUAUCUGAACUCUUAAAAUAUCUUAUCAUAACUAAUCUGUUAAUGAUAUUUAUCCUUUCUUGAUCAAUUAGUGUCAUUCAACGAGCAUUAGCAAGAUUAUUAUCAAAAUUAACUCCUAUCUACAGCAAAAACAGAGCAUUAAAUCUCACAACUGAAUGUAUCAAUUAUAAAUCAACCCACUUAUAAUUGCUAUAACACUAAAGGCAAAGAAGCUUUCAAGCAUUUUAAUGCGUCAUUCCAAUUUGAACCUAAUCUUUAAUGUAUGAUCUAAUAAUACUUAGCAAUUCUGCCUAUAAAAAUCAUUAGCAGCAAAAAAAGAGUUUUUAUCUCCAACCCACUCAAAAUCCAAUGAAAAUCUUGUGAGAAAAAGGAAUCUGAUGAAAUUAAAAACGAAGGCUGAACUUUGAAAAAGGCUUAAAAAUUCAUUUCAUUUUUUUUCCCUUAAAAAAAGAAAAUUUUUAUCACAAGAAUGGUUCUUUCAAGCACAUUCCCAUUGACUCAUUUACAUAUUUCUUUCGUGAGAGGACCAAAAAAAAUUUGAAAUUUAAAAUAGAAUGUGUUAAGGCACAAAUGAGAUCUGUUGGAAAAAAAUGUUUGGUUUGAUUUUUCAUUGAUGUGGGCAUUGAAUAUAUUUGGAGGAACCUUGUGAUUGUUCAGAAAGGAUUACAAUGCUGUGAAAAAAUUUGGGUUUAAGGCUUAAUUUGUUUGAAUUCAAGAAGAAAAUUGACUUUAGACUUUGUGCUGGUUUUAUGGUUUAAAGUGAGACCAGAUGUUGUUGCACUUGCAUCUACAUCUAUGUUUUGAGUAGUUGUGCAUUUACUAGACCUUAGUGUACUCUAAACUUUGACUUAUGUAGGAAACCUCCUCAUAAAUAAGGGAAUACAUGUUUGGAGAACAAUUAUGCAUCAAUUGUUUGAGCAUGUUGAGGUUAAGUCAACUUGUCAUCUGGAUACGAUUCUUGUAAUUACCAGAAAACUUAAUUUUUUCCAACAGUCGCCUCUUCAUCAUCCCAAAAAAAGUUCAUGAAAUUGCAAAUUUUACUCAUUUCACUCUCAUAAUCUCCUUCAUUUCCGGUUCAUGUCAUGCACAGCCGUCCUCGUCAAAUAAGUGAUACUAAUGUUUUUUGAUAAGAAUUUAAAAAAAAAAGUGAAAAAAAAGUUUUAAUUUUUUAAUGUAAAAAAAGAAUCAACAAAAAAAGUAAGAGAAAUUUCAUUCUUGUCAUACACGAACAUGAGGAUAGAUAAAAGUAAAAUAAAAUAGUCGAUAGGUCAAUAGAUUUUCAUUAGAUCCAACAAAGUAAAAAAAGGAAAAAAAAAUAAUCAAAGUAAAUGUAAUAAAAAACAUUCGUUCAUGAUGUAAUAUUAAAGGUCUGAGGAAAAGAUAUUUUAUGCUGAAUUGUGUCAAGAAAAUAAUCAAGUUUACAUGCUGUCUUUUGUUAUUGUUUGCAAUCCUUUUAUUUUCUUCUUCUUUGGGUCUGUUGAUCUGACAAAGAGAAUUUUUUUUUCGUUCUGCUCAUCAUGUAUGUAUUUCAAUUCAAUCAGAUCAUGAUAAAGAGAAGCCGAAACGACAAAGGUCGAAAAGUUUAUCAGAUCAGCCGAUCUAUAGAAGAAAUUGGCGAUUUGUAUGAAAGAAUUUAUGUUGAUUUAUUAAUGAGAUUUCAGAGAAUUUUGCUUAAGGAACGCUUAGUUGAAUAUUAUAAGAAUAAAGUUUAAGGAUUUUCAACCCUUUUGUUGCUUUUAAUAGGAGUGGAUUUGGAAGAUUAUCAGAUAAAUAUUUUGACUUAAAUAGAAGUUUUAAAAAAUAGGUCAAAGUUCAUGAAUGCUAUAAGAGCAAUGAACUUUGUAUAAUUUUACAAGAACUAAGUUUAGAUAUGGCUCGAAGAGCAUAUCUGUAGUAGAUAGGGUUAUAUGUGUAUGACGGAUAGCCAAAGUAAGAUAAGUACCUUUGUGGACGAGGGACUGGGAUCUCUGAUCGAGUGGUCAGAGAUCGCCUCUUUUGAGAUCGUGGGUUUGAUUCCCAUCAAAACCGACUUAUUUUACAUUAUCUACACUAAGCUGUUUUGUCAUCCCUCCUAGAAUCAAGAAGUCUUUAACAUAAGCUUUGAAGUCUUGAUCUUCUGAGUUAUCCUGAAUAAUUGGAACUGCAAUUGCUGAUGAGAUUAAUUCAAAACAAAAGAUACAAACUUAAUUCAACAUUCAAUGUCUUUUCCUCAGACUUUAAAUUUUCUAGAUCACAAUAUCCAUUUAGUGUAUUAGGAAUUGUCUUUAAAUUUCUAUUCUAAGCAUUAUGCACGAAAAAAAAAUUAAGAAUGUCACAAAAAAUAGGAAAAUUUACGAUCUAGGAAAUGAAAUAAAUUUAUGGCUGAUUUAAUGUAGCAUGAAAAGAUCAAAAUGUUUAGGAAAAUGGAAAAGUUCCUUAAUUUCCUGAGUUUUUGUCUAGAGUUCAGAAUGUAGUAAUCGUUGACUUUUUUAUAAAGUAACAUAUUCAAUUACGGUACCAUGAGUAUACUCACUUGUCUGUAAGGGAUAGUAACAAGAAAUAUCUAAACUAAAACGCAAUAGAUGCUAAGUUUAGUAUUAAUAAUUUAACCUGAAUCUACAAAUGAUUUUAUCUCAAUUAAUUGACAAAGAAACAUAAAAAGAUCAGAAUUUCUAACCUUCGAAUUUUAUCAAAAGGAUUCUUUUCAUAUCAUGAGACAUUUUGCGAUCAAAAAGACUUUAUGCACAAAGAACGUUGUGACUAUUAAAUUGAUAAAAAAAAACAUCAUUCCAUGCUACAUUAAGCCAAUUUGUAACUUCUUUUCCUAGAGCUGACCAAAAAUUAACUUUACAACACAUCCAUUAAAUUCACUUACGAAGCUCACACAUAAAUGAAAGACUUUUUACAGUAACGCAAUUUGUUGACCUCGGUACGAUAGAUGAGACAGAAUGAAGGAUAAAGAGAAUCUUUAAAAUGAACAAAAUGAAUAUUUUAUAAUUUCCAGUUACUACAACAAACAAUAAAUUUAAAUUUAAUGAUAAAAGUAAUAACAAUAAUGGAUAAUAUUUUGAAAAUGAAACUUUUAAAUGAAAAUGAUGAAAAAGAUUUAAUGAUGAGUAAGUAGUGGUAAUGCUCGAAUUUAAGUGGAUUUUAGAUAUGAAAUAACGAAAAUAAAUUGAUGAUAAAAAUACGCAUUAAAAAUGUCAAAGAGGAAGUUGGAGAGAUUUUGGUGAUGGAAUUUUCAAUUUAUGUCUAGAAUUGUUGAGAUUUAAGUUAUAUUAGGGUGAGGCAACGCAGAAGAGUACUUGAAAAGCACAAGUCGGUUAAUCGAAUAGAAAUUCAGCACCAAGCAGGCAUGGAGCUGGCAUCAAUUUAAAGCCAGCAAUUCUGAUCGAUUAGUUAACUUGUGCCAUUCGGGGUAGUUAUUGUAAGACAACUUAUAGGAUUCUGAUCUAUAAUAAAUGCCUGCGCAUUCUAGUUAUGUCCAGUUAAACAAUAUUGCUCUCCUUCGUACUUGUAUGUAAGGAUUCCAAUCCAUAACUUGCCCAAUUGUUCAUUGCAAAAACAUUAAGAACUCCUUUUCAAAAUUUAUAGUCUAAGAAUAGAGGAACUUAAUCCAAUCCAUCAAUAAAAAAUUUAAACAAACUUUCAGAAAUCCAUUAACAUAACUUUUAAGCUCAUAAAUUCUCAGCAUAAUCAAAAUUCCAUUACUAAUAACUUCCACUCCAUUUAAAAAAGAUUAAGUAGUUAAUUAAUUAAGAAAUAUAAUCAUAGAAAUUAUAGGAACUCACUAAAGAGAUGAAAAUGAACGAGGAGAACUUCUGAGCGAUCAAAUUUUUCAUGAAUGUGUGAAAGGAUUUACAUAAGGAAUAAGAUCUGUAGAUUGAAAUAUUUAAUUUUGUGAUUUAAUAAAAUAUUUUUUUUGUGUACAAAUUUUUGUCAACUAAGUUCCAUGUAAAAUUUUCCUUCAAAAUGUCAUAAACAGCAGCUAAGCAUAUACGUUAAGAGUGUGAUGCUCGAAACUUAAUUUUUUCGACACAUUGAUGUUUUAAUUUAAUUUUUUAAAUGUCCAAAAAAUUGAAAAAAAUUGAAAAACCAAAAAAAUUUGAUACAAUUAAAGCGUAAAACCAAAGAAAUAAAAUUAGCCAAAUAUAAAAUGUGCUGAAAAAUGCCAAAUAUGAAAUUUUUUUCACGUGCCAAUGCUUGUAAAUUUCACUUCCCCUUAAUGAAAAAAAAAUUUAUCCUUAAAAAAAUUCACGAAAAAAAUCCCUAAGCUAAUGAAAUGAAAAAAUUUAUAUUAUAAAUAAAUGUUAAUAAUAGUUUUAUGCAAGAAAAAAUUUGUAAAAAAUUAAAUUGGAAGUUUCAAGAAAUCUAACUGAUUCAAAAAGAAAUUAAAAAAGAAUGCAAGGGAUGGAAACUUUUCAUACAAGUUAAGAAAUUUCAGAUUUUGUGUCAGACUAGUGCAGUGGUUCUCAGACUUUUCAGAACUCGACAUUUUAAAUGUUAAGCUUUUUGCGGAGCACCAAGAAUUCUCUCAUCGCACACUAAAGCUCCGCGGAACAUAGUUUGAGAAACACUGGACUAGUCUAUAGAUAAAUUUGAAAUGGGAGCUAGAAUAUCGAUCGUAAACUCUAGAAAAUCAUAAGAACAUUUGAGUGGGCGUAAAAUCCAUUUAGAUAUUUUGAGGUUAACUUCCUCAUCUGUUCUUCUUACCGCGUCAAAAUAAUUACCAUCCCUUGCAUCAAAAACUCAACUUUCACAAAAAAAAAACAUUUCCGUUGCAUAAAAUGCGAUUCCAAAAAAUUUUCGUUUUUAAGUUUUAAUUUCGGUAUCUAAAAGAAAGAAAAAAAAGUUCUUCAUAUAUUUAUUAUGUAAUAAGAUGAAUGCUGUUGUUAGAAUCUUUCCAUAUAGUAUAGUGAAUGUAGUUGAAAUUUAUUACUAUGACAAAAAUCAAAUUCAAUUAAUCUUUUUACCUAAUCCUUAACUUUUAAAGUCGAUUGGUGUUACUUUUAAGGUGACUGACUCACCUACAAACAUCAUGAUAAAUAGGACAUAAUACAUUCAUGCACCACCAUUUUGAUAAGAAACAAGAAAAAAAAUUUAAUAAAAAUUUAAAAUAGAAGAAUCAAUGUUUGUCAAGAAACUUCAGUGGCUAAAAAUUUUAAAUUUUUUAAAAUUAAAGAUUUUAUUGAUAUUUUCAAAAAUUCAAAAUUUUCGGCCAUUUUUUAACAGAAAAAUGAGAAAAUUAAAUCAAUAGUCAUCAUGAAGAUGAAAUUUCAUGGAUAUUUUACCUUCUAACUUCUAUGUACUUUAACACACAUAUAACUUCAUAAACAUGUAAUAA